UUUAACUGUUUCAUCGUAAUGUCUUUUCUUGCUACGCUAAUGGUAUCUUCAUAUAGAGUUGCAUUAGCAUAUUGGGAUAAAAACAGGAGUACCACCAAUGCAAAAAUUGGAAAAAGAAUUUGGUCUACCCUGCAAAUUACUGGAGAAGGCAUGAUGUUCUUAACUGCUGGCUUAUUGCAACUAUAUCUUUUAUAUCACAUCAAGCAGAAAGUAAGAGCAAUGAAGGGUAGUCGACAUUCUGCUACGAACCAUGGAUCUCGCGUAACCAAAAGCAUUCAGUUGUUAUUUGUGUGUUUAGUUGUCUGUUAUGCACCACAUACCGCCACGUACAUUAUGAGAGAAUUUGGCCUCAUACUAUAUAAAGAUCAGGUGUGCGAGAAAGAUAGAAUUGCCAUUGGUGAAAGCUUGGAAACAUUGGUAGUCACAACAUCUAGCCACAUGACGUCUAAGUAGCACAAAGAGGAAAAAAAUGGGAAAUUAAAUUCAAAUUCAAAUUUGGACAUUGUAAUCUAAUAAAGGUAUGGUCUCUCGACAAUGCUGACUGACUGUAUUUAGUACAAAUUAUAGGUGAAAAUCUACUCGAAAAACUUUUUUUAUUUAAUUUUUAUAACCCUACGCAUAUUCUCAAUAUAAAACAUUCUUAAUUUUUUUUAGAACGUUGUUUGUUAGCUGAAACAUGUAAAUUUAUUUAUUAUAGAGCUGACUAUAACAGUCGUACCGUGCCGUGCGCAGUUCGCCUCUCCUUUAAGGGCUAUCAAACCAGGAGAAACAGAUGUAGCCAUUGAGAAAUUAGAAGAAUUAAUAUGGCAAACGAGGAUGAAACACGCCAACAUUUCAAUUUACGGACCUCCCAAAAUGUUUAUAGAAUACGCAAUAACCAGACUACCUCCCAAAGCCACCACAACACAUUGAAUGGAAGGACGAUUCGUUCAGCCCACAACGACCAGAACCUCCACCGAAUUUGAACGUUUCAAUAGAAAUCAUUAACCAAAAACACGAAAAAUUCGAGAAAAGAGUACUUUUUCAAUUUCAACUAGCUUCAAUCCAAACAUUCGCAGACUCCGAUUGUCAAACGUACACUGUGGAACCGUUGAUUCUAAACAUUGAUCUGUCCCUAUAACUACUUGGUAUCUACUACUCCGUCCCAACCGAAACCCGCAAAACUAUCAUAAAUGCUUGGAACAACUACCACAGCCUAGUCCUUCACGAGGAUGCCAAGAGCGCUACUACCUUUAUACCAGAAUGUGGGCGGUACUGCAGUGCCCGGACGGGAUUUCACGUAUCAGGUGAUGCAUACAUUAGAAGAUUCGACAACAUAACAGCCGAUCAGCCAAGAGUAACAAGCUACCUGGCCAGACCAUUGCUGCGGAACGACAGCAUCGAAGAUGCUUUCCGCAUACAUUCGACUACCUUACGUUAUGUAACGAUCAUUGGGUUGUAUUUAUAAGUAAAAAGUUUUAAUUCGCGCAACAGUCCGUUGAGUUUGCCGGAUUCAAGACCACUAACGAGGGUUAUCAGCUAUUGAAAAAAUCAUCGAAGCAAUCCACAACUUUCUGGUACCGAAAAACACAACAGACGUACGUUCAUGGUUUGGCUUAGUGAAGGGCACUACGCGUGCAUCAAGGUUAAAGCGCUCGCAGCCGUUUACUGUUUACAAUGAUGCCAUAUGUCAAUCAUGUGUGCACCUACAUCUAAUUCUCGUUAUGGAUCGAAAACUACUGACAAAAAUGUUGAACGAUCGUAAACUGAGCAUCAUUGCUAACCCUAAGGUUUUAAGUUUGAAAGAAAAAACGUUAGUGUAUAGCUACAAAAUCAUUUAUGUCCCAGGAAAAUUAAGAAUAAUAAGGAUCGCCGACACUACAUCACGAAAUCCAGUCAAGCCUGAAGUCGAUCCGUGCGAGGCUGCAGCAACUAUAUUCACCCACAACCAAUGACAUAACGUAGAAAGCGUGUCCUGGAAAACAGCUAAAAACCACGCCAUAUCCGAUCAGGGGUGCUUCCUUCUAUUUGGAUUUGUGAAACAUUUUCCUACCUUAUCUACCUAAACGCAUAUUCCAGGUGGAUUGAAGUAGUAGAUAACUUAUAAAGCACCACCUUUUCUAUGGUAAGAGAAGUUUUACUCAUGUACUUUUUUAUUUUUUGGGUCUCGGACGAACCUUUCAA